CGAACAAGCCUACAGGCACAAGCUGCACGGGCCAUUUCAUCUGGUGGUCACAUUAGCGAAACACGGCGAUGGAUUUGCAUGACCGGGAGGAUGGAUGGUUGGUCGCCGUAAAUAGUCGCGCUAGAAGCUCAACUCAUGUCUAAUUGUCGUAUCUAAACAGAUUUCGCUUUUCGUCUUUCUCAAGCCCACAUUGUUUUUUCAAUGAUGGAGGACGACGAUUUAGUGUGCGAGUAUGAUUCAACCUGGGAAACAGAGAGUGAUGAUGGAGACGACCCAGGAGAGAACCAAAUGCGUCUUUCAAACCAGGACAGAACUAAAUCGUAUUGGAAAUCAGGUUUAUGGUCAAACAAUUCCUCCAGAAACAUGAGGGCUGCGAAGGACAUGCAAAACUACAGACGAGGGUAUCCUAAUCUAACAGAUGAUGAAUGCUCAGAAGAAAGAAUGUUUAAUUUAAAAUUCUAUCUCAAUGAAUACCCCUCCUCCCCUGAUGACAUUUUAAUCGAGUCAUUUCAUAAAGAAUGGAGGACUGACUAUAAGAGGCUGGAGAGAGUUCACUCCUACAUUCAGUGGUUGUUUCCACUGCGGGAGCCAGGAGUGAACUACAUGGCCUCUGAGCUCACCAAGAAGGAGAUUCAGGCCUUCCGGGAGAGUGAGGAGGCCAAGAACAGGCUGGUAGAGUCCUACGAGCUCAUGCUGCGGUUCUAUGGCAUCCAGCUGGUCAACAAAGACACAGGCGAAGUCAAACGUGCCGACAACUGGAAGGAACGCUUCGCCAACCUUGAACGGAACAUGCACAAUAACCUCCGUAUCACGCGCAUCCUGAAGAGCCUGGGGGAGCUAGGCUUUGAGCAUUACCAGAGCCCACUGGUGCGCUUUUUCCUGGAGGAGACGCUGGUCAAAAAUAACCUGAGUAGCAUCAAGCGCAGCGUGUUUGACUACUUCCUGUUUGCAGUGCGCGACAAGCAGAAGCGCAAAGAGCUGCUGCGCUACGCCUUCCAGCACUUCGAGCCCAAGGACAAGUUUGUGUGGUGCCCCCGAAAGAUCCAGAAACAGCUGGAGAAGGGAAACGGAGAGGGAGUGGAGGAGGGCUGCCCGCGAGCCAAGGCUAGAGGAGGAGAGGCAGGGGGAGCUGAGAAGGAAGAAAAUUAUGUCACGGAGGAGGUGACAGAGACGGCCAAGUUGACUGAUGAAGCAGUGAGUAGUGACCGAGAUAAGCAGGCCGAGGGGUCUUCUGUUGAUCCUCCUGGGCUAGCGGUCUCCUCAGAGGACUCUGAACCGCUGGGAAACAGGAACUGUAAUGAUACUGACAAUGUUGACAUGGACCAUUCAGGCAGCCCUGAGUCUGUUAAAGGAGACCACAGUAUGAAGGAAGGACUCAAAGAGAACAGUCAAGCCAAGGACAGCGUCCAGAACUCAGUCAAUGUCAAGCCAGCGGCAUCUGAAAUGGAGUCUGAGAAGUUGGCGCAACCGACCAAGAAGAAAAGGGAAGGUCACAAGGGCGUGCCUAGCAACAGGCGGGAGGAAGGCAUGGUUGUCCCCAACCACCACCACCACUACAAUCAGGUGAGCCUGUCCGUGACAUCAUCCCACAAAGUCAAGACUGAUGAUCCCAAAAAGGAUUCGCCCAAAAAGGAUUCGCCCAAGAAGAAUUUGACCAAAAAGGAUUCCCCCAAAAAGCACUUGCCAUCGGACUCCUCAGAACGAGGUGAAAAACACCCAAGGACUGACUUGAGUGAUGUGACUGAUAACAAAGCAGUGCCAGUGGAUGGGGAGAACACAGAGAAAGCUUUAAAGGGACAGACAAAUGUAAAAUAAGUGAAAAAUGAAGUGGAGGUGAUGGAUGUGGAAUCCACCUACCAGCUAAGUUCAGACCAAGACAUGGGAUCUUCCUGAAGGAAGGAAGGAAGGAAGGAAGGAAGGAAGGAAGGAAGGAAGGAAGGAAGGAAGGAAGGAAGGAAGGAAGGAAGGAAGGAAGGAAGGAAGGAAUCUAUCUAUCUAUCUGAGGCAGACUAAAGGGACAUAUGUUCACUUGUGUACAUUUAUGGCCAAUCCCAAAAUUGACUCCAUCAGAUAACAUAGGUAUAAGCCAUAUGGUAAAAGCUCCAUAUUGCUGUCUAAUACUGUAGGCCAAAUGGAAUUCUCUGCAUAUUGCUUACACUUUUCCAAUCCUCUCAGAAUGGCAUACGUUCUGAUUUCUACAGACAUUCCUAGGAUGUAGGGUCUGGGUGGUUUCCACUGAUUUUUAACAGUACAUUUUUCAGGCUGUAUUAUAUUUACAUCUACUGUCCUCAGUGUUCACAUUUGAGUGGGUAUGUUAUUUUUGUUGGUAUGGAUUACUGAAUUUAUUUGUUCACAUGUCUGAAAUUGUGUUGUGAAGGGGAUUAUGGUAAUGAUGGCAAAAUCAGUUCUCCAUGGUUGAUACUGCAAGUAGUUAGGAGCUUUGUACUGAGGAGAUUGAUAAGGAAAGUUUAACAUUGAAAUUGAAAUUAUUAAUUCCAUAUCAUACAGUGAAAUGUUGCUUGCUUGUUACAACUUUAGUUGUUUUGCACAGGGGGAAAAAAUACAUUUGGAAAUCUACUUUGUAUCUAGUAUGAUGUGUCCUUGUUCAGACGACAUUGUUUAAUUUUUUUACUGAAAGCCCAUACUGUGGAAUGGGAACUGUAAUUGUAAUGUCAUUUGUUUAUUUCAAGAAUGUUGCACAAUUUUUAUUUUGAGUAUGAGAGGUAUGAUCUAUAGAUGACUGCCAAAAAAAGAAAAUAACAUUUGACUGGUUGAUUGUAUUGUCUUCUUGGCAGUAUUGGAAUAAUGAGACGUAGCUAUUUGGUAAAACAACUUUUGCUUUGUUGGAUGAUAUGUCAUCAAUAGGAUGUGGGUGUACUUUCCUUAUGUUCUGGAGCAUAUUUGUAUUGAUUGUUUAAUUGUUUAUUUUUCUAAUGUAUUAUAUGAUUUGAUUUGAUUGAUUGAUUUGCCAGAUGCCUUUUUACUCAGGAAACCCCUGUGGGAGAUGGUAAACAACAUUUCUUCCAUCUCCGAGGUUAUGUAUGAGACAACCACGUUUGCAUGCUAGUAAAAAGAAAAAUCAAGACCGCUUUGAUGGAAACAGGAACUUUCGGUGCAAGUUUGUUCGACAUUGUAGUAUCCUUAAAGGCUUCUUAGAAUUACGACUCAUGAGACUUACGUACGGUUUAGUCUUUAAUUGUAACUUAGA